AUGGAGGGCGACAUGCACAGCUGUGCCAAUUACUCGGUCUCCAGCCUGUCGCUGCCUCGGCCGGGACCUCAGGACACGAACAAGCGCAGGUUAUUGUUGGUCUAUGUCCAUGGCUUCAUGGGCUCGGAGGCUAGUUUCCAUGAUCUCCCGGCACAUCUUCACAACCUGUUGACAAGUUUGUUGAGCGAAUCGCAUGUGGUAUAUACGCGCAUCUACCCUCGAUAUAAGUCCCACGGCGAGAUGCGAACAGCGGUGCACCAAUUCAGCGCUUGGCUAUCACCGCAUGAGGCAGAUGAUCUGGAUAUCAUCCUGCUGGGCCACAGUCUCGGCGGGAUCGUGGCCGCCGACGUCGCGCUUCUGCAGAGACAUCGAAUCCUGGGACUCAUCAACUUUGACGUCCCCUUUCUCGGGCUGCAUCCCCGCGUGAUCCCCACGGGGAUCGGUGCCUCGAUUCCCAGGAAAGAUAUCCCAGCCGAGGACAAACUCGCGGGAGAACAAGAUUCCUUGGGCAUGACUCCAGUUUACAACCCCGCCUCCAAUCCCAACUUUGACCCUCCAUUCCAGAACGAUGUACGUCUGGUAGAUCGGGGCUUUUUUAAGGGCAUGAUGCAUUUUGUCAACAAGAACGUGGACAAUCUCUCCGGAUCUAUUUUGAACCGUGUCAUAUCGCCUUUCAAAUUUGCUGGCUGUGUCAAUAACUUCUCAGAGCUUCGGCGGCGGUAUCGUCGAAUAUUGGAGUUGGAGGCUGCAGAGAAUAGCCCUGAGAGGGUACGGUUCGUCAACUACUACACUGCCAGUACGGGUCGCAUAUCGCGGAAAACGAAGGCAAAGCCCGCAGAGGAAACAGAAGCAGAAGAGGAUCAGAUCAAACAUACCUCGACACUCCCUUCGCGGGAGAAGUCAGAAACGUUAGAUGCCUCAAAGGAAGAUGAGGCAACAAAGGCCAUGAGCACCUUGGCACUUGAAGAAGAAGCCCCAGAGCCCACGGAUUCUGAUUCUGCCGUGGUACUUGAAGAGACCAGUUCGGAAAAGAGUCAACAAGCAUUCGUGGACAACACGAGCACCACCUCGUUGAGCUCCCCCGACCGGAAAGACAGUCAUGACCUUUCAGAAAACGUUUCCAUUACAACGACCGAGUCUGGGUUGAGCUCGGAACUAUCGAAAAAGAAACUGCGCAAAUUCAUUCUCUUACCCUCCCAUCAUUGGAAGUACAUGCACAAUUCCCACUGGACGCCGAUAUUGAUGGAGGACAUGGAUGAAGUGGAAGCGCAUCAAUCCAUGUUUAUCCCGCAUGGUGCAAACUACGAUCACCUCGUUGGGGAUACUGUCGCCCUGAUUGAGCAAUGGGUCCAGGACGAUCUGAGUCGACGGCUGCUGUUCCAGGAAGAGCUCGACUGA